GAAAGAGGAAAUGUAAGGUUUCUUGCUGCGAUGUAUAUAAGUAAUAUUUGGCAAAAUAAGUAAAAUAGUGAGUUGGACUUACUUUUUAAGUUCAAUCAAACAUUAAAAUAUUAACCUUUCUUGAAGGACAACUUGAUGUGAUUGGUAACACACCUAGAAGAUGAUAAACACAUACGCAAGUUCAUGUGUGUACUUUAAGAUUUAAAUGAGACAAAAUUGGAUCCCAAGAUCUUUUAAGUAUUGGGUGCUUAACGUAGUUCAUAUUCCUAACAAGUGGCUUGUUAGAGGGUUUCGAAGGUUUACCUCGACUUUACCUAAAGGAAAAAUGUCAUGUGCUGCAAAGACCUGUCUGGAAUAUUUUGUUCACAGUACUACAUUGGCUGAAGUUUAGGAGGUGUACAUGUAUCUUUUUUUAUUCUUAUGUGGGUCCCUUAUUUGAUCUUCCUAUAACACAACACUCCUAAAUACAAUGUUCAGAUUAAACUAGGCAAAAUAUUCUAACUAGCAACAGCUAUAUUUCCUUCUUACACAUAAACAACACAUGCACCUAGACAAAACAGGCUGUCAAGCUUAGUUUUUUAAACUAUGAUCAUAAUUAUUGCAGAACAUGAAUUAUAUGACUUUGUAUUAGCCCCAUAAGAGAACACACUUUAAUUUUCUGCAGGUUGAUCAAUGAGCCUAAUAGGAGAAUUCUGCGUUUGGUUUGGGUAUGGCAACUGAACUUCAACAUACGAUAAAUCUGUCGACUAGGGCUUCAAGUGAACACUUUUUUGCUUAUCGAUUGAGGUUGAAGAAUCAUUCGAAAAGUGACUUUUGCAAGCUCAGAUGUUCAAUGGAUAGGCUGCAGCAAAAAUUACCCAACAUACAAUCCAUGAAGAAUACAAUGCUGAUGCAUGAAGAAAUUUUCAAUCAGCAGGUUCGAGAGCUCCAUCGGUUGUACAAUCUUCAAAAGAAGAUAAUGCACGAGCUUAAUAACAAAAUAACACGAAAGGCAGGGGUAAAAGAGACAGAUAUUAACCACCAUGCGUAUAAUUUGAGAGAUGAUCAAAGGGAACUGAGUGGUAGCUGCUCAGGGGAGAGCUCAAGAUUGCCACUCAAAUUCGACCUCAAAAAACCUGCAGAAGAGGGCACACCAUCUAGUACUCAAGUGAAAAAGGAAACAAAAAGUGUAGACGAAGAAGCUGAUGUGGAAACCGACCUGACACUGAGCAUUGGGCAUUGCCCAAAGGAGAAGAGGCCGAAAAAACAAUGCAGCCCACAAUUAGGGGAUCGCAAGCAGUCGAGUCGUUCGACAAAAACGGGCAAAGGAGAAGAAUACGGUGAGCCAGGCUCUAGUAUGAGUAGUACAAGUGGCACCCCAAAUCAAGCUAACAAGCGGCCUCAUUGGCUGCUACAAGAUCUCAGCCUAAAUAGAACAUGAUCUUACUGUCUAUAGCCAUUUUUAACACGACAUCCAUGAAGAAAUUCCUUGUUUUUAACUUAAAAUGUAAAAUGUCAUUGAAAAGGUCAGAUUGUAUAACUAUUUGACAACUUAUUUCUCUGCUUCAUUUGGCCUCAUUUUGUAGGUGACAUACAUAAUCCAAUGAACACCAUUUUCAGAAUA